AUUAAUCGCUACAUUUUUUAGAUGGAUCGUCCUAGAUAUUCGGUUGAUAUGGGUAACCUCGAGCGCAACCGAACGAAAGAGCUUGCGAGGAAGAGAUCCCGCAAAGGUAAAUCACAUAUCGGCUCUUCAUCUCAAAGUCGAGAUGAUUUUGAUACGGGUUACGCAAGGAGGGAUGGGGAUGCGAUGACCGACGAACAACUAGAACAAGAAUUGCAUCGACAUAAUUCCCGCUUUUUUCAAGACCAACUGAGGACCAUUGACGAAGUAGAGCUCGAGGACGAGGACGAGGACGAUGAUGUGGAGGAAGUAAUUCCGGAGAGCCACGACGAGGAGGAGGAGGGUGGCGGCAGCCAUGACGCCGACCUGCCUGCCUCAUCCCAAACAGGUACGAAAAAAAGUAAAUCUGAACUAAUGACUAAUAAUUUUUCUAAGUGGAAGGACCCGAACACCGGAAUUGGACCGCAACUUGUAAUUGGUGCAAGAAAAACUAUAGCUUGCGGAUUUCCGGCGGAUACAGAUCCGCCACAAGACAUCUUAAGUCCAAACACCCGGUGGAGUAUGCAAAAUUAGGCGGCGGAACGGGGAAGCAAACUCAAAUAUCGAGAGUUGUUGCAGGGACCGCUCGGUGAAGCACGACGGUGGAGUUGGGGCUCAGCAGUAUUGGGGUUCCUGUAUUACAACAUGUGCAAGGCCGCCAAAGUGAACAGGAGAAAUAUUGGGGGAUGCUUGCUUCUAUUGCAGAUUUGGGCGUGGGAGAGAUUGCCCAUGGUGUGGCCGCGAAACGUUUUGCCAUAUGAGAAUCUACAGGAUAUGCCCUAUGGGUGCAUGUGGGCAUGUCGGCACAAUUGGGAACAAAGUUCUCGGUAUACUCUACGUAUUUAUCGAGAUCAGUUGGACGGGAUCCGAGAGAACGAGCCCUCCCCAGGUUCUGCGUCGCGGGAGUAGAUUUGUGGACAUCUAAUGUCAUGCUUAUAUAUUGUGACAUUUAUGAGAUGUACUACCCCGGUAGAUUUUGUCGUCAAUUCGGUGCAAUGCAACAUAUUCCUCCCGCAGCGGAAUCACAAGCUAGCCACCAUGCAAGGGGUGCAAAAAAUUCUGGAUGGCCAUUGACACUAUGGGCGGUGAGGCACAAUCGUCGUAUCGCAUUUGAGUUCGUUGAUCAUCCCACCUACACUCCUGCGUACCGUGAAUGGUACGCAAAUGUCGGGAAACGACGGAUUUGCAAUCCGUUACAUGGUCGACCUACAACGGGUUAUGUAACUACUAACAGGGAGACAAGUACACUA